AUGAGCACGGCGCAAGAAAGCAUACCUUCCACACGGCGUGGUGGAGGAGCGACGUCCACGGGGCGAAGAGGAGGAGGCUCGUCGUCCAACUCGUCAAGAGGCGGUCGUCGCGCCAACUUCGGCGGCUCGCUCACCGCUGCCGAUGCGAAUGCGGAUGCCUCUGCCACCAACGGCAACAGCAACAGCAAUCGUUCGCGCCUCAACAACUCCAGGCAACCCCGAUCCAAGCCAAACCAAGCAGCGCAAGCCAGCAACAACGCCGCACCUGUGCCGCAACUAGCAAGUGCGAACGCAGACAAUACGACCACCACCACCGACGACGACGAGGGCGAGCUGCCUCCGGACGUCGAUGUGUGCUUCAUCUGCGCCGACCCGGUGAAGCUCACGUCGCUGGCGCCGUGCGACCACCGCACGUGCCACAUCUGCGCGCUGCGUCUGCUGGUGCUGUACAAGAAGGACCAGUGCACCUUUUGCAAGGCCAAGAUCGACCGUCUCAUCUUCACCACCUCGCCCACCAAGAACUUUGCCGACUUUGAGCCUUCGGACAUUCCGUAUUCGGACCGCAAGCUGCCGAUCAGUUUCGAGUCCAAGGAGGCGCUGGAAGAGACGGUGCUGCUGCUGCGCUACAACUGCCCCGACGCGAACUGCGAGGUGGCCUGCACAGGAUGGCGCGACUUCAAGGCGCACGUGCGUCGCGAGCACGACCGGCUGGUGUGCCAGCUGUGCAUCACCAACAAAAAGAUCUUUGCGCACGAACACACGCUGCACACGGCCCAGUCGCUCGCGGCGCACGAAAAGCAGGAACACAAGCUGUGCGAAUACGACCGCACGCUCUUUUAUGGGGAUGACGAGCUGUUUGCGCACAUGCGCGACCAGCACGAACAGUGCCACAUCUGCAAGGCGAGCGGGACACCAGAGGAACGAUGGAAGUACUACCGCGACUACAACAUGCUCGAGCGCCAUUUUCGCAACGCGCACUGGCUGUGCGAGAAUGGCGAUUGUCUCGAGAAGAAGUUCAUCGUGUUUGAGAGCGAGGUGGACUUCAAGGCGCACCAGGUGCAGGAGCACGGCAACGAGCUGUCGAGCAGAGAGCGCAGGGAGGCGAUGCGCAUCGAGGCCAACUUUUCGUACGACGACACCAGCAGCGACGCGCGCCAGGGCGGAGCGGGUCGAUCGGGCGCCGGGGGCCGUAAGGGGAAAGCACGGGCGGAGGCGACGGAUGCAGGUGCAUCCGGGUCCGAGAAUCGCGAUGUGUUGGGGGUGUCGUCGCUCGCCUCGCGUGCGCAUGUGCCAGGUGCCGGGCCGGCGAACCACGCAUCGCGCCGCGCCAUGUUUGGAUCGGGCCUCACCACCGCUUCGCCACAAGGUGUUGCUGCGGACCGCGUGCGCACGGUUACCGACGAGCGCAGUAUCGAGGAGCGUCACCAGGCGUAUAUGGACAAGGCGUCGCGGGUGCUCGGGGGAUCCGAGGCGCGUAUCGCCUCGUUCCGCGCGUGCGUACGUGCGUUCAAGAGCGGCGAAUCGUCGGCGCGCGAUCUGAUCAGCACCCUCCAUUCGCUCGUGCAGGAGAUGGACGACUGCGCACCCCUCGUCAACGGUCUCGUCGACCUCUUGGAUGAUAGAGACAAGAGCAAGGCGCUUAGUGAUGCGUGGGCGGGAUACAGGAUCGAACGCACCCAGUUUCCCUCUCUUACGCCUUCGGGUGGAGCGGGUGGAGGGGUGGUGUUGGGGUCCGGGUAUGCAGGUGCAGGACGUGCACUGAAGAACAUCAAGAAAUCCUCGGCUGCAACUUCGGCUGUGUGGGACAACGUCGAGCGAGCCGCUUCUGCGUCGUCGGGUCAUGGAGCUGGUCGACCAGUUGCCCUACGUGAGCACUUCCCCAGUCUAGGCAGUGCCGGUGGUUCAUCAGGCUCGGUGGGGGUGCCGGGUUCGCUGGCGCAUGCGGUGGCGCACAAUGCAGCCGCCCGCGCUGCAGCCCCGAGUGCAAAGUGGAGUGCAGCCUCGCCCGUCGUGGUUGUGCCCGCCGCAAAGCCGUAUGUGGCACGAGCCCACUCAAGCGGCCCCAGCAGGGCUGUGAAUGCAUCGGCGUUCCCGAGCCUGCCGACGAAUGCGGCGAAAAAGGCGAUCAACGAACAGAAAAAGUCGCUCUUCAACAAGUCACCCGCUGCCAGUGCCGGUGCUACGCCUGGUGGAUCGGGUUCCAACACGCCUUGGAUGCCUCCACCCGGCCGAAUCGACGAUGCGCAGGGGCUGGGCAAUUUGGACGGUCUCAGCGAGGCGUUGGUCGAGAGUCAGGAGGGUGGGAGGAAGAAGAAGGGAAAGGCAAAGGGCGUGCAGUUGGCCGCGUUUGGUGGCGUGCAUCGUGGGUGA